GGCUGCCGCGGGCAGGGGGCGGGGCCGGGGCAGGCCCACUGCUUCCUGCGGAAGCGCGCUGGCGGAGCCGCUCCUUCUGCCCGCUCCGCUCUGCCGCCAUCAUGGGUCGCAUGCACGCUCCGGGAAAGGGCCUGUCCCAGUCCGCCUUGCCCUACAGGCGCAGCGUGCCCACGUGGCUGAAACUUACUUCUGAUGAUGUUAAGGAACAGAUCUACAAGUUGGCUAAAAAAGGCCUGACUCCCUCCCAAAUUGGUGUGAUCCUGAGGGAUUCCCAUGGUGUUGCCCAGGUUCGCUUUGUUACUGGCAACAAGAUUCUGAGAAUCCUGAAAUCAAAGGGACUGGCCCCAGACCUCCCAGAGGAUCUUUAUCACCUGAUCAAGAAAGCAGUUGCUGUUCGCAAGCAUCUUGAGAGAAACAGAAAGGACAAAGAUGCCAAGUUCCGCCUGAUUCUGAUUGAGAGCAGGAUCCAUAGGCUGGCUCGCUACUACAAAACCAAGAGAGUGCUGCCACCCAACUGGAAGUAUGAAUCAUCAACAGCUUCUGCCCUGGUCGCAUAAGAGCUGGCUGUGACUAACUGAAAGAAUAAAUUUUCGUUACCCGA